AUGACCCCAAUCCCACAAGUCCAGACUGCCGCCUGGAUCGAGAAUCCGCGCCCGCACGCGCAACUGGAACUGCGGCAUGAUAUCCCGGUCCCCGAGCCGGCUGACGGUGAGGUGCUGGUUCAGCUGGAGUGUACUGGUUUCUGUCACUCGGAUCUGCAUUGCAUUUAUGGGGAAUUGCCGUUGAGUGUGAAUGUGGUCGGGCAUGAGGGGGUCGGGAGGGUGGUUAAGCUCGGUCCGAAUGCCCCGAGUGAUAUGCUGGGUAAGCGAGUCGGUGUCAAGUGGCUAUGGAGUAGUUGCAACGACUGUCCGACGUGCAAGGUCCAGUAUACCAAUUGUCCGAAUCAGAGGAAUUCGGGGCGGAGUGUGCCGGGGACGUUUCAGCAGUACGUUGUCUCACCCGCCGACUUCGUGUCCCCGAUUCCGGAGACCCUGAAGCCGGAAAUUGUUGCCCCGUUGCUGUGUGCUGGCCUCACCAUGUACGGCGCAUUGAACAAGCUCGACAAAUACUGCGACAAGGGCGAUUGGGUGGUGAUCAUGGGUGCCGGCGGGGGACUGGGUCAUCUAGGAAUCCAAAUCGGCAAGGAAAUGGGCUACAGGAUCAUUGCCGUGGAUAGCGAAUCCAAACGAGACAUCUGCAUGCGAUCCGGCGCGGAGGCAUUUGUGGACUUUAGCGACGACCCCACAACCCACAUCCAAUCCCUGACCGACGGCAUCGGCGCCCACGCCGUGAUCGUGGUCGUCGGCCUGGAGAAGGCCUACGAGCAGAGCGUGGAGUUCCUCCGGCCCGUCGGCACCCUCGUCUGCGUGGGCCUGCCCCGGCCGGACUACCACCUCCCCAUCUCGCCGCUGAUGUGCGUGGACCGCGGGUACCGGAUCGUGGGCAGCGCCGUCGGCACCGAGGAUGAAAUGCAGGCGCUGCUGCGGAUGGCGGUCGCGGGCAAGGUGGUCACCCAUGUGACGGUGUUUGAGCUGGGGGAGAUCAAUGAGGUGGCGGGGUUGUUGGGGCGGUUUGCGGUGGAGGGGAGGGCGGUGUUGAGGAUUCCUGCUUAG